AUGCCUGCAGAUGAGCCAGCAGCUGAUCACCUCUUGACGACGACGACGACGGAGCAAAGACAGCAGGGAUUGAAGGUAGGAGAUGAACACGUCGACCGUCAUCACGGGGAAGAAGAUGCCGUCGCUGUUCAUCAUCUCGUGGACGAGGCUCAUGACCACGCAGGAAGCGGCGGCGGCGUCCAACGACGGCGGCCGUCGCCGAACAACACGAGCGGCAGCAGCGGCGACACGGUCUCCAGCUCGGAGUGGCUCCAUCAACAGUACUGCAGCGACGGCGGCGUGAGCGUCAGGGUGCUGGGACUGGGUUUGGGAGUGGGACCGCAGCCUGCGACGACGCCGGCUAGCCUCGAGAUGAGCCUGGGCCGGCAGGGGUGGCAUAUGGUGGAGCAGUGCGGCGUCGGCGUCGGCGGCGAGUUCGAGUCCUCGCCGUCGGCGGCGGCCAAAGAGCUAACUCUGCUCAGGUGCUUGUGA